CUUGAACCCGUUCCUGAAAGCAACGUGUUUUGCAUGGCCACAGGCUCCGGGCGGCAAACACGAGUGACCCUUGAGCCUCUGACCUCGGCUCGCACAGGCGAGGAGGGAGGCAUGCCAGGGCCAGCCACGACGAGGCAUCCACCGCCUUAGAUACCUUCGCACCAACACCGAACCCCCAUCUUGACCCGUCGCCAAUGCCCCGUCGUCGUCAAUGGCAUCCACAACGACUACCACCGGAUUAGCGACCACCACCGCCACGUCGACCGACUGGACGCUCGCUAACAAUCGCGCGCAAGAGCGAAUAAUCCAGCUUCAGCAACAACGCGCACAGGAAGCUACGUCGUCAAACGCUACCGGCAUCUCUCGGCUUCGCAGCUUGUUCUCGUCCACCGUCGAGUCGCGUCCGGCGUUUAGAGUCGGCCAGCUCGAUACAGAACUGCUGGAUGAAGAACUGCUGGAUCUGCUGAAGGGACAGCUGUGGGGCGGACUGAAAUACUUUAGGCCGUCGAUCAAGGAGACCUACGAGCCAGAACUGCUGCUCCUUUUGAGAGCGGCGCUGUUUAAACUUACAAUAUGGGACCAUAAUGCUUCGUACGGCGCUGCUUUGCAAAAUUUGAGAUAUACCGAUGCGCGGAGGUCAGGGUUUAUUGACCAUCCGCCGUCGAAGGGGCAAAAGUCACUGUAUGGACUCAUCACCGUCGGCGGAAGAUAUCUCCACCAUAGAUUAAAUCUCUUUUUACUGCAGCGAUCGGGUUCCUCCGAAGCGUCAUCGUUCACCAGCAAGCUAUCCCGCUUCAUCGACACAGUCGGAUCCGCACAUUCAGCACUGACACUGGUCUCCUUUACCGCCUUCCUCGUAACCGGCCAUUACCGUACACUCCUCGAUCGGGUCCUACGCAUGCGCCUCGUCACACCCACGCGCGCCGUCGCACGUGAAGUCUCCUUCGAAUACCUCAACCGACAACUAGUGUGGCACGCCUUCACCGAAUUCCUCCUAUUCAUCCUGCCACUGCUCCGAAUCGGCCGUUGGCGGCGCUGGUGGGCGCGGUUCCUGCGCCGCAUCCGCUCGGAAGGCGGCGCCACCGGCGAAACCACCGGCGAGCUCGCCUUCCUGCCCGAGCGCACGUGCGCAAUAUGCUACAAGGAGACGGACGCGGAGACGGCGGGCGCGGCGGCCGGCGCGCGCGCAACCGACAUCACCAACCCCUAUGAGGCCGUCGAGUGCGGCCACGUGUACUGCUACGUCUGUCUCGCGGGCAAGAUCGAGCUCGAGGAGGGCGAGGGCUGGACAUGUCUGCGCUGCGGCGGGCUCGUGAAGCGGUGUCGUCCGUGGCGCGGCGGGCUCGAGGGCCUGACUGGCGUCGGCGACUGGGGCGAGGAGGUCUACACUAAAUCCCACGCCGACGACGACGACCAUCAUCACCUCGAGCACGACUCCUCGUCUGACUCCGCUGCCGGCGACCACGAUGAGGACGAUGACCUCCUCGAUGACGACGACUCGGAGAUGGAUCCGACCGACCUCGAGAAUUACGGCGGCAGCAGAGGCAGAGUCAGUGUCGAGGUCGACUCGCCGUCCAGUGAUGCCGGAAGCGAGGAGACCGUGCAGCCCAGGCAGAAUGGGCUGCUUGCGCCGGGUGAGAACCCGUGGCCGGUUGAGUACGCCGACUACGAUGACUCGCAGUACAAUACCGCCGAGGAUUACGAUUGAGCCUCAGCCUGAGGGUAGGAAUGAGGGGGGUGGGUGGCGUUGAGGUUGGAGUUUGAGUUUGGGGUCGUGGAUGUAUUACUGAGCUGUAGCCUGUGCCCAACGCAUUAAUUUCUUUGUACUUUGUCAACUUGUCUGUCUACCUGCCUAUUCGUCUGUCUGUCUUUUUAUCUGCUACCUACUUGAUCUACUUCUACUUCUACUUCUACCCCAUACUUGUUACACAUAGCCUCCGUUUCCUUGCUGUUGAGAGGGUGAGAAUGAGGACUGUGUGCACUGUGUAUGCUUCACCUUGCUAGGUGGUACUCGCUAUUGUCUUGUCAGGUCCUGAAUUGAAACUAGAUGUGUUGUGCUGCCAACGGAAGUAUAACCCUGCGAUCCGCCAGCCCGUCGCCGCCGUGAGACCGCAGACACAUAGUAAACCCGCGCGCCCAAACUCCAGCUCCGUUCUGGGUAUUCUAG